CUUUAGUCAAUGAUACUUGUUCCGCAGCCCAUUGCGCCUGACAGUGGACGAUGAGAAUGUCAUCCUCGCCGUCUCGAGGGGGAUCUCACCCGCCCGUCACUUCUAGUGGUAGGACCGAUGAAGGGAAAAACCAUGUGCAGGCAGAGUAUCGGGGUACGGUGGCUGACCAGGCGGAUAUGAGUGCGCUGGGAAGGGACCAGGUCCUCCGGUUGGAUUUGGUUGCCCUCUGAUCGCAACAUCGGAGGUGGUUUUGACAUUGCUUGGGCAAGGAUUGACUGACGGAGGUACGGCGGGACUGAUCUGGAGCUUUUUCA